CUUGGCGAGUCGACUCUCCGAAACAGUGUUUACUGUUCACAGACGAGCUAGGCAAGGCUUUUCCUUUGAUAAGGGCUGAACAAACAGACCGACACUGAAGAGCUUUCGGUAGCAUCCACCUGGACGGACUUUCUGGUUUUCGACCCUUUUGCAGGAUAGCGGAUCAGGUCUUGAAAGAUGAGCUCUGUGGCAGUUUUGACUCAGGAGAGUUUUGCGGAGCACCGCAGUGGGCUGAAGGACAUUAAGAUCACGGGUGGCAUGCCAGAGGAUGAAGCUUAUAUACCCACUUAUCUGGAGGCAUUUCCCCCAUUACCAGACAAGGGCGCUCCAACAGACAGGGCAGGUGAGCCGGCAGGUGCCUGGAGCAAAAUCCGACCUAUCAAAGCAUCUGUCAUAACUCAGGUGUUCCAUGUUCCUUUGGAAGAGCGACGGUAUAAGGACAACAGUCAGUUCGGUGAGGGUGAGGAGGCAAAGGUGUGCCUGGAUAUCAUGCAAAAGACUGGGGCACACAUCGAGCUUUCUCUAGCAAAGGACCAGGGACUUUCCAUCAUGGUGACUGGAAAACUAGACUCAGUUAUGAAAGCAAGGAAGGAGAUUGUAGCCCGAUUGCAGACUCAGGCCUCAGCGACCGUGAUAAUUCCGAAAGAACACCAUCGUUUUGUGAUCGGAAAGAACGGUGAAAAGUUACAGGAGCUGGAGCUAAAAACAGCCACAAAGAUCACCAUCCCGCGCUCCGAAGAUCCCAACGCCAACAUCCGCAUCACUGGCACCAAGGAGGGCAUUGAGAAAGCUCGCCAUGAAAUCCAGCUCAUCUCCGCAGAGCAGGAUAAGCGUGCAGUGGAUCGUAUAUCUUUUGAGAAAGCUUUUCAUCCAUUCAUCGCCGGUGCGUAUAAUCGACUCGUUCAAGAGCUGAGUCAAGAAACCGGUGCUCGUAUAAGCAUCCCACCACCUAGCCUGCCCAAAGAUGAGAUUGUUAUCACCGGCGAGAAGGAAGCCGUCGCCAUGGCGAUUGCCCACAUCCGAGCCACCUAUGAAGAAAUGAAACGAAAAACCACCACAAUUUCAGUGGAGGUGAAGAAGUCACAACAUAAGUACAUAGUGGGCCCAAAAGGCAACACCCUGCAAGAGAUCUUGGAGAACACAGGGGUGUCGGUGGAGAUUCCUCCUCUAGACUCAGCAUCCGAGACCAUCAUUCUCAGAGGAGAACCUGAUAAACUGGGUCCGGCCCUCACACAGGUGUACGCUAAGGCUAAAAGUGUGAUAGUGGGGGAGGUUAUUGCUCCGCCCUGGCUUCAUCGAUUUAUCAUCGGCAAGAAAGGACAGAACAUCGGCCGCAUCACACAACAACUGCCUAAGGUGCAUAUAGAAUUUACUGAUGGAGAUGAACGGAUCAGUCUGGAGGGACCAACAGAAGAGGUGGAAAAAGCCCAAGCUCAGAUACAGGAGAUCAUCAAAGACCUGAUGGAAAAAAUGGACUAUGCCGAGAUUAGCAUUGACCAGCGGUUCCACAGACAUCUCAUUGGCAAAAAUGGGGCUAACAUAAAUCGGAUAAAGGAGCAGUAUAAAGUGUCAGUGAGGAUUCCUCAGGACUCUGAUCGCUGUGGGCUGGUUCGGAUAGAAGGCGAUCCUCAGGGAGUACAGCUCGCUCGCAAGGAAUUAAUGGACAUGGCCCAGCGUAUGGAAAAUGAACGCAAGAAGGAUCUGAUCAUAGAGCAGAAGUUUCACCGUACCAUCAUUGGCCAGAAAGGAGAGAAGAUCAAAGAAGUGAGGGACAAGUUUCCUGAGGUCAUUAUCAUCUUUCCAGACCAGCAACAGAAAAGCGACAUCGUACAGCUCCGAGGGCCUAAAAACGAAGUUGAGAAGUGUGGAAAGUUUUUACAAAAACUCAUCGAGGAGCUGGUUGAAAAUAGCUUUUCAAUAUCCGUACCCAUCCACAAGCAAUUCCACAAAAACAUCAUCGGCAAAGGAGGUGCCAACAUCAAAAAGAUACGUGAGGAGACCAACACAAAGAUCGAUCUCCCGACAGAGAACAGCAACUCUGAGAUGAUCGUGAUCACAGGGAAGAAGAGCAACUGUGAAGCUGCGCGAGACCGAAUCCUCGCCAUACAGAAUGAGCUGGCCAACCUGAAGGAGACGGAGGUUUCCAUACCAGCCAAGCUGCAUAACUCUCUGAUUGGAUCGAAGGGCAGUCUGGUGCGCUCUGUGAUGGAAGAGUGCGGUGGUGUCCACAUCCACUUUCCUGCAGAGGGCUCAGGGCUGGACAAGGUCACCAUCCGAGGUCCUGCAGAUGAAGUGGAGAGAGCCAAAAGACAGCUGCUCCAGCUGGCCGAGGAGAAGCAAGUCAGCAACUUCUCAGUAGAGCUUCAGGCAAAACCUGAGUACCACAAGUUCCUGAUAGGCCGAGGUGGAGCUAAUAUCCGUCGUGUGCGAGACCGAACCGGAGCACGGAUCAUCUUUCCUUCGCCAGAUGAGCCAGAACAGGAGAGUAUCACCAUCAUGGGUAAAGAGGAAGCCGUACAGCUCGCCCAGAAAGAACUGGAGAUCCUCAUUAAAAACCUGGAUGAUAUCAUUGAGGACACUAUGGUUGUGGACCCCCGGCAUCACCGUCACUUCGUCUGUCGCAGAGGACAGGUCCUGAGAGAGCUGGCGGAGGAGUACGGGGGCGUGGCUGUCAGCUUCCCACGCACGGGCACGCAGAGCGACAGCAUCACCCUCAAAGGACCCAGAGAUUGUGUGGACGCUGCUAAGAAACGCAUUCAGGAGGUUGUGCGAGAUCUAGAGUCACAGGUGAGUGUGGAGGUGGUUAUUCCCCAGCGGUACCACAGAGCCAUCAUGGGACUCAAAGGCUGCAAGAUCCAGCAACUAACACGAGAACAUGAAGUCCAGAUCAAAUUUCCAGACAGAGAUGAGUCUGCAGCUCAGGAACCUGCGACUCAAGAGAACGGAGAUACUGACAUCGUGCCUCGAAAGUGUGACAUUAUCACCAUAACAGGUCGGACGGAAAAGUGUGAUCUGGCUCAUGCAGCUUUGCUUGCUCUGGUUCCUGUGACAAUUGAUGUUGAGGUUCCCUAUGACCUUCACCGUUACAUCAUAGGACAGAAAGGAAGUGGAAUAAGGAAAAUGAUGGAGGACUAUGAGGUGAAUAUUUGGGUUCCUCAGCCUGAGCAACAGUCAGAUGUCAUCAAGAUCACAGGUCAGGUGACUAGUGUGGAGCGAGCCAGACAUGGGCUGCUGGAGAGAGUCAAAGAACUGCAGGCCGAACAGGAGGAUCGGGCUUUGCGAAGCUUUAAGGUGUCACUUUCAGUAGACCCCAAAUUCCACCCAAAAAUAAUAGGCCGCAAAGGAACUGUCAUCUCCCAAAUCCGCAAAGACUACGAUGUUAACGUGCAGUUCCCUGAUAAGAGCGAUGAGCAGCAGGAGGUCAUAGUAAUUUCCGGGUAUGAGAGAAAUGCCAACGAGGCCAGGGCGGCUAUAGAACAGCUGGUGGCGGACCUGCAGGAAAUGGUGAGUGUGGAUAUCCGGCUGGACCGGCGGGUCCACGCUCGCAUCAUCGGAGCUCGUGGCAAGGCCAUCCGGAAACUCAUGGAGGAGUUCAAAGUUGAUAUACGGUUUCCUCAGCCAGGCUCUGAAGAUCCAAACAAGGUUACCGUCACAGGUCUGCCUGAGAAUGUUGAUAAUGCCAUUGACCAUCUACUCAAUCUGGAGGAAGAAUAUAUGUUGACCGUCACAGAGACGGAGACUAUGGCAGCUUAUAUGAAGCCUCCGUCUAAGGCGAUGGGGAUAGGAGGGAUUGACGAUGACAGCAGAGUCCUGGCUAAAGGCUUUGUUGUGCGGGACGCCCCGUGGAAUGCACAGGGGAACAAGGCACCUGACAUGAGCAGUGCCGAAGAAUUCCCUACAUUCGGAUCCGGAGUAGCACCAAAACAGACAUCUGCGUGGGGACCCAAAAAAUGAUCUUUCUUCAGAGCCCACCAUUUCUGUGGUUCUUGAGUUCAUUCCAUGCUUUUUGCUGUUGUGUUUCACCUGGUACGCUCCCUUGGUGCCGUUGGAAGAAUCACCUCUGCCUUCCUUUGCCUGAAGGUUUUCUUAACGUUGGUGGAUAGAUGUUCUUAGCACUCCUCCAUUAACAGAUGCCAGUCUUAUUUGCAGGAACAGUCCCUUAGCAGCUAGUGUCCCGAUCAACCUGUUCUUUUGUAAUAUUCAAUUUGAGGACUGAUAACCAGUUUCUUGGCAAUGGAGAAUGCGUUAUUCCUUAUUUCUUGAAACAUUUAUGGUAAGAAAACUCCUGGUUCACUGUGUAUUUAUUUUUCAAACCAUUUUUACUGCGUUUUUAUCUCUGUGUGUGGUCAACUGAGCACACGCGCUCUGCAACAGCCUUCACUACAGUACGUACUGUAAAAUAAAAUCAACUGUAGAUUCUGAAGCACUUACUAAACUCUGUACUGAAGGACGAUCAAUACUGAUCUUGUUUAUAUAUUUUUAUUUAUUUAUUAGUCUAUUUAUAUGACUAUUUUAUUUAUCGAUUUGCUUAAUGACUGAUUAAUGUUUUAGGUAUUAUUUUGCUGUGCUUUAGGAAGUUGUCAUAUUUGUGUGGUCCAGUCGCAGCUUUUUUCUACAAGAUUCGUAUGUGGCGUUUGUGUGUGUGCGUUUACAGAGGUCAAAGGUUUGUCAUGGGAUUUCCUGGUUAUAUGUGAAGUAUUUUUCACUUUUAAGUCUUUAUAGUUUAUUAGAGGUUCAGGAAAUAAUUUAUUGAAACCAGCAUAAACAUUUUAAUAUUAAUUUAUUGUUUUUUAAAGUUGAACGACAAUUUCUAGAGAAAAAACUGAAAAAUUACUGUUUAUUUAUGGUGAUUUAAAACCUAACACACAGCAUGAUGAUGAACACUAACCAUCUUGACUUUUAAGUCUUAAUAGUAAGUCUAACCUGAUGAAAGGUUGUCAUCUGUAAAUUCCUUUGAUUAACAACACAAAUGACAAAAACACUCAUCAAAUGUUUGUUCCUUAUGCAAAUUGCUGGUCCUCAAUUUGCAAAACUUAAAUGUUGACAUCUCUUGUUUUCUAUUGAGAGUCACUCUGUGUUCUUGACUAGUGGAUUCUUGUGAGUUUUGUGUGUGUUACAUGUGUGUGUAUGCUUGUGUACAUGACAGAUUGAGGAACCAUCUACAAACAACCGAAGAUAGACACACUAUCGGCCUUAAUAUGUUAUUGCCAUAGGAUAUUUUUACCAAUUUGAUGACAUUGAUAUGCAACACUGCAAUAACAUGUCAGUGGCUUUCCUACUCCAAUAAAAAACUCAAAUGAAA